AGCCCCGCGCGUGCUCGGAGCGGCCCCGCCGCCGCCGCUCGGGGUCACUUUGAGUGAGGCGGCGCCAUCGCCAUGUUGAACCAGCUGCUGGGGCCGCGCUACGCGGAACUGCUGCGGACCUGGACCCCCACCCUGGCGACAUGGGGUGGUGUGGCUGGCAUUGGUGUGAUCUGGGCCACAGACUGGAAGCUGGUCUUGCAGUACGUUCCCUACAUCGGCGGCAAGUUCAAAACUGAAGACUGAGCUUCCCUCUAAUGGAUUCUGUUGCUGGAGAGUGUCUGGAGCCAUCCGUCCCUGAGACCCUGCUGGGGUGACCCUGAAAUCAGAUUCUGCAACAAGCUGUGGUCUGUCCGUGUGUCUGUCUGUCCCAUGAACAGCUGUGAGCAAAUUCACCUUCAUUGACCACUUCCUCUGAGCACUUUCCCAGCACAUCUUGCCUUGAUGGGAGUAGGUUAUAAACCUGGUGUACAAUGUACAAAAUAAAGCAAGUGAAUGAUUUCUGGG